CAACAACAUUAUAUUCGUUACCUUCGCUCUAUGCAUUUUGAUCUACUGGCACUCCAGGACACAAAGUUUCCUAGCGAGUCAGCCGAACAACGUAUUACUAACCAAUUUCAAGCUCAUCAAUGCUACUGGUCCUCCUUUUGUGGUCUGGUAUCCUAUUCUCCCCAACUCGUUCUCACCCCUAUUUUCUCGACCAGGGAUGGUCGUGCCCUUUGGGUCACGAUAUCUCAUGUAAACUCUUCUUUUGAACCCUUCCAUAUCCUU